UUGUGUGAACAGCAUCGACUUUCAUAAUUCAGCAUUGACUCUUCCACUACCACCUACAGGCCAAGCUAGAAGGCACUUUGGGGCGCUUUCAAAAGAAGGUGCUUCUUCUUAAGAACUUAACGGAGAAGCUAACCUAUUUUCAUUGCUGGCUUGAUUGCCCAUCUCCUCAUCUUCCAUCUCGAACGGGAUUCAAAACCUGUUCCCGAACAAACUGUCCAUACCGAAAUUCACCAUGGAACCCUCAUCAUCUCCUACCAUGUCCAGAGUUUCGUCAAACCAUGGAUCUCGCAUGCGCGAGUCUACCGUCAGAAGUCGAGAGGCUACACCAGCUGCCACGAAAGUCCAAACUAUCAUAAACGUGGAAGAUGAAGAGUCAGUUCAAAAAAAUACACAGGUUCGUCUGAGAGUUGUACAUUCUGUGGCACAGGCUCAUGUAUUCUUUAGCUUGCUCUGGGAUUCAAAGAGGACCUAAUGUCCAUGAGAAAAUACCUAACGUGCUCUAUCUGCGUUCAACUACUUUACGAACCAUGGAUCUUGCAAUGUGGUCAUACAUACUGUUAUAAUGUCAGUAGGCUUCAGGAACUUGAAUAUUUGAAUAGGGCUGAUGUGAAAAUAGUGCCUGUGCCAAUGGUUCAUUCCGAAUAGGAGGAAGAAGACAUGCCCAGAAUGUCGCGCUCCGGUGAAGCAGAUACCAGCUCCAGCCUUCCUUGUAAGAAAGUCUUGGGAACGUCAUAUUCAAAGUUUUUGUGUACUAAUUAGCCCUAGGUAAAAAAUCUGGUCGAGAUAUUUAUCAAUAGAGGUCAAUUAAUGCCAUAUGACGAGACGGUAGAACAGCACAAGUUGAAUAAUGCCGAAGUAACUGAGAUGGUAGAAAAAGAUAAGAAUAGCCCAGAAGGAUUAUUCGGAGGUUCGUUUCCAAUACGUCAAGGGGAAUUAUGGCGCGAUGAAGCCGAUGGGGUCAUGCGAUGUCCUUCAUGUGGGCAUGAGCAUGAGGGCGGUCCAACGUGCGAUAUCUGUGGUGCGGAGUUUGACGACAUUUACGGUUUUAGUGAUAUGGAUGAGGAUGGCGAUCUUUCGGAUAUUGACGUUGGCUACGAUGAAGAUGUAGGGCUGGAGAUUGGAGCCGAAUAUCAAAUGGACGCCGAUAUUGCCGCGGCCCACAUACGCAACAAUGCCCGCCACUAUGCUUUUGGUGGUCCAGCUCACCAACAUAUUCUCAGUCAUUACCACGCUCGUCAUCUCUCUAUGGAUGAUACGGAGGACGACUCGGAAGAUGCCACUAAUUCCGACACCAGUAACCAGGACAUUAGUGAAGACGAAGAUGCUGGGUCACUUGAAGAUUUUAUUGCACCAGAGGAUGAUGACAGCCAACCCAUUAGCCACCAACGACGGGUAAAUCGGAGAGUGGUUACUAUAAUAUCAGAUGAGGAAGGAGAAGAAGAAGAUGAUGAAGAUGAUGAAUCCGAGGAUGAAGGUGGUGCGAUUACGAACCGUCGACGACCGCGACCUGGCUGGACCCGCUCCUCCGAAAACCCCUCCAGAUCUAUCUUAAUUUCGGAGGAUGGAAAUGGUAGCAGUACAAAUGGUUCCGAGUUUGGCGAUGAUGAUGCUCAUGAGACGCGCAUGAGAUUGAGAGCAUCAGAUGGCUGGAGCCCGUUGGAUGAAGGAGAUGAUGAAGAUAACAACGGUAUCCCUCAUGAUGAUUAUCGUGGUUAUGCUACAACCGAAGACGAAAGAGCUUCUGACGAGAGCGAUUCGGAGACAAUUGGUAACCCGAAUUCCGAUGCGGAAGACGAUGAUGAUCGGUCUCGGCAAGGGCUCUCGGAGACACCACGUCAUGGAAACGCAGACUUUGAACAAUUCCCCGAUGAUUAUGCUUCAAGCAUUGAUGGGGAUGCCACACCAAUCGAUUACUCUAGAGACAGAGAUGAUGGAUCAAACAAUUACCAUGGCGAGAACGAGAACGAGAAUCGUUACGACUAUGACACUGACGGGGACCAUUCAACCAAUAUGGAUCGGGAUGGUGACACUGAAAUGAGCGUGUCUCCUAGUGUAUCACGUUCUAGUCGAGAUGCGAGCGUAGAAAGUCAUUAUGGCGAAAAUCUUGGUGUUGCUAAUGAAAUGGCUGAGGUUGAGGAUGAUUUAUCAGACACCCCCAUCGGCUUUGGUUCACGUCGACAAUCAAGACGAAAUCCUGUUGCUCAGCAGUACGACCCGAGAAUAAGCAUGUUGUUUGCGGAACAUCAAAACACUGUUAGGAACGCCCAAAACCCUGAGGAUAUGAGUCCUUGGGGAGAUGAUCUUAAUGGACAUAUCCGUGUGGAGCCGGCCUCUCGGAGUCGUCGCCGAGCUCAAAACCAUCAUCAAGCCCAGCCGAUAAGCAACAAUGGCGCCAGAAACAGUCAUCAUCGCAUCAUGCAACCGCAUGGCCUCGACAGAGUAAGAACAUCUCGAAGUUCCCCACCACGUGCCGUACCCGUCUCUAGCAGGAACAAUCGCUUGCAGAGGCAGUAUCCAAUGUAGAAAUGUAGAAAAGAAUGAUGUGGCGUUUUGGGACGUACUUCUUGGCUUUCAUCUUAGCGUGGCUGGGCUGGCUGGGUAGGAAACGGAGUUGGGGGUUCAAUACCAUGACCGGAACAGCGAGAGAUAUGGGUGGUCCGGCGUUAGUCGAUGUGACAAAUAAGUCUCAUGCAUCUAUUCUAAUUGCUGACGUGAGCUGUAUCUGUCUCUGUCACUACAUACCCCAUAGGUUACACAUCAGGAAAUUAUGCAAAAAAAGUUGAUGGUAAACUUCUUAUGUG